AUGAAGAAGCAAAGCAAGAAUUGCAAAAACAAUGAGGAAGCAAACAUAAGCCCGAAAACAGUGGCGGCCAUGGUUGCGGAUGAUAGCAUUCGGGAUACGUAUAUGAUGUGUAAAGAACAUACAUCACCGAGUGUGAGAAUGUUAACAGGAAUGGUGGGCAUAAGGAAAUAUGAAAGUCGAAGGAUAACCUUCGGAGUUCAAACGCUGUCCGGGAAUAAGAAUAAGCGUACAUUGUUGAUUCAAUACUCGAACGAAUACAUAUGUAACAAUGAAAGAAAGAAACUAGCUGAAGAGAUAGCGCCAGCAAAAGGAUAUGGACUGCCAUGGACGUAUACGAACUACAAUACGAAGACUGAAGAAGUCCCAGAAUUAUUGGAUGAGUAUAUUAAAACCUUGCUUGAGGAAGGAUUCAUAGAAAAGGUAAAGAAUCAGAAUAGAACAUGGCGAGUAUCUUACCUGCCCCACCAAGCGGUGAUAACACCUCAAGAAUCCAUCACGAUGCUUAGAGUAGCAUUUGAUGCAUCAGCAAAGACGAAGGCCCAUCGUUAA